GGUAGAGAGGGCAGAACCGCACAAGCGUCUUAAAAUCAGUUACAGUACUCGUGUCGUCCCAUCAGUUGACAAAUCAAGUGCAAAAUGGAAACAGACCUGUGCCCUGAGAGAUCUGAAUCUCAAGAUAAAUGUAAUAAUGAUAAAGAUUCCCAAUUCACAGAAAAUAGGGAAACACCGGGAGAGCCAGAAAAGCAAGAGGAAGAAGCAACUUGUGUGAUUGAAAGAGUGGAAACGCCUCCUCAACCUGACGGUGCUCACACCUCCUUACCAGCAGAUGGAGCUGUUGAGCCAAAUGUAGACGACCUCAACAAUGAGUCGAAUGUUGACCAGACUCAAGAAUGGCCACCAGUGCCUGAACAUGAACUUGCUUCCCAAACAGAGAGUGUUGCGUGUCAGGAGGCGGUAGACGCAAACACUGAACCCGGUGAGGAUGUUUUAACCCAUGUGCAGGUCGCUGAGGGUGUGCAACAAGAAGGGUGUGCUGUUGAGCAUCCACUCGACUCACAUGAUGACUCUGAUGUGUUUUUGUCCGAGAACAGCGAAGAGCAAAAUACAGACUGCAAACCUGUAGCUGAGUCUGUUGGAAAUGCUCCGAAUGUCCAGCAGGAGGCGCUUGAGCCAAACAAGACCACGAGUCUGAAUGAGAAUGAGGCGGAGCAGCAGGUGUGUGACGAUGCUCCGCCCCUAGAUACAGUUACAGGUGAGCCGGCCAAUCCAGAGGGAGAGAGCCGUGCCUGUAGCUCUACUGAGGAUCAAGAGCCAUUGACAAUGACGGGGGCGAGGAGAGACGGUGAGAGGGAGGAGGGGAGAGAACGUGGUGACACAGGUGAGGAGCGAAAGCAAACAGGUGGAGCAGAAGAGGAAAGGCAGGCGGGAGAAGUAGAGACCCAUUCGGACGCAAAGACAGAAAGGAAAGACGGUAAAAUGGAUGUCGAUGAGAGCCAGAGUGACAGCGGCGUAUCUGCAGAUUUCUCCCCCAACAGUACGACAGAUGCGUCCGAUUGCCCCGCGAAGCCCGAAUCUCCUCAGAACGAAACACCCAUCGAGAGGGAAAUCCGUUUGGCCGUCAUGAGAGAACAGAACCUGCGGCGAGCUCGAGGACUGGACGACGCGCCGGACAGGGCAAAGGAGUUUGUGGAAAUUCCCACGAGGAAACACAUCCUCUCACAGGAUCCCAAGCGGAGUCCAAGCUUGGACAAAGACAGGCAGUUUGCCGGAAAGAAGAUGCAGAUGGAGAUCAGCGCCGAGGCGGAGAGAGAGAAGGUUCUGGUGGACUUGGGUCGGCUACCGGGAUUCUACGACAAGGGCAUGGAGGUACAGGUUCAAGAGAAAAAGCUUCUCUUUGAAUCGCUGCAAGAUCCAAAUGGAAGAUCGAACUCCACCAGCGGAGAACAAGCUGCCGCAAUACAAGACUUUGAAUGUUCUGUAGAUAUCAAACAACGUAUGAUGCAGUUCUCCCAGAAUCCUCCCAGCCCACCAGCAGCGGCCGAACCUGAAGGGUCGAAGAGUGACCCACCUGUAGGACCUGGUCUGACCGAAUCCAACACGGCUCAGGUAAUAAUCAUCGAGACAACCACAAUUUUUACACCCGUACCGGACUCGAACAGCGCUCGUGAAACAACCUCAAGGACUGACGGAGGGUCCAGGACGGACCAGAACGUGUCUUUUUCUGAGCCCGUAGGGACGACCCGACAACAAAGUUUUGAGGAUAAAGACGACCAAAGUUUGGCGAAAGAGAAUCCUUUCUUCAAGCUUCGAUCCUCGGCUAUGCUUCCUCAGGUGGAACAGGACAUCAAAGAGGCGAAGGAGAGGGAACGAGAGCUCCAGGUGCAGAGGAGCAGUCUUUAUGGUGAAGCAGCCGUGGAACCUGAAGCAGAGAGGAAAGGAUUGGAAAUAGAAGAGCCGACGCAAAUAGAUUCAGGGAUGGGAGGAAGAGAAAAAACUGAAAGAAGAGUGGGAGAGGAAAUAAUAUCCCCCAGCGAAGAGAUUCUUAGCCCCUCAGCUAAAGAGACAAAUCUGAAUCUGACAGCCUGUCAGUCAGAGGUGUCCACAACCCCGACAUCAGUGAAACAGUCCGCUGGUAAACUGGAGUUAAUGUGGCCGCCACCCCAAACUGAUGAAGAAAAGCAACAGUCAGAGAAAGCAUCAAGGACCCCACGACAGCGAAACCCGUUACUGGAUCGCUGGGAGUCAGGGAUGGUGAACGGACACGUGGAGGACAGCAACUGAGACGAAGAGCAUCACAACAUAUUCUUUUAUUCAAUCUACCUGCGAACACAUGAUCAACUGUCACAGAAAUCUCAUUGAUCUUCUAAUCUUAAGAAGGAGGAAAGGCAGCCGGGGAUUCAGGUGGAUUCAAACAGACCUCUGCCUCAAAAAGACGAAGGAGAAGUGACAAGUACAACCCAACACUCCAGAAAUGUCUGUGAAAUCACCCGAAACACUUUAAUAAUCAUGUAACAAGUAGUGUUUGUGAUUUAUAGACUAUCACUAAUGCUGCUGGUUGGUUUGGCACGGCCUAAAAUGCUUACGAUGCGUUGUGAUUAUAAACAUUUAUUUUUAAUAAACAUAACUAUCUCAUAGGGACUGAAAGGUGGUGUCAAUUAAAAUGAUGAAAGAAACAUCAGGUAGAUAGUUUAUAACUCUUUUUACACGGCUCGUUGGAAUGUUUGAUUCUGAUUGGCCAGUCUCGACAUUUGCAGAUUCGUUAUACCCAGAUAACAACCGUUCAAACAUAAUAAUACAUGGUAACCCGGAUGCAGCAAAUCAUUUUGACAGGUUUUUUAGACAAAUCAAAUGUAAAUAUAUCUUUUGAUAACAUAUAUGACAUUAUAUUUACAAAUGAUUAAACAAAAUUGCCUGUUAACAGUAAAGUAAACGGCUUUUCCUCGUGGAAGGUCUGCACACGGUAAAAAGUAGCUAAUAAAAUAUUUCAAUAUUUUUUCUCAUGUGGCAAGUAGCUGUGUAAUAAGUGAUAAUGUUCAAGCAGCUGGCUGUUAUUAUCCCUUAGAAAAGUCAAGGCAGCAGUGGUAAAUCUUAACAUACAGUAUAAUUGUAUUAAAUCAACUUUUUGUUAGUUCCGAUUGUUUUAAAUGCAUUUGUGAAACUCACUUUGACUGUUUGAAUGUUAUUGAGAAGAAACCGAGUCGACAACCCACUACCUGCUCGCUCAUUUAUUCAAAGCCAUUGUGCGUGGCAUCUGAAACUGCAUUCACAAUAGGUUGUAAUGUUUAUUUAUGACAUGUGUAUGGUAUUGAAUUCAAGGUUUGACUAAUAAAGAGGGUACAGUUCA